UACAUGUUGUACCAGACUAGCGGAUUUACAUUAACAAACCUUGUCGAUAAUUGGUCAAGAAUUUUGCGCUUGAAACGAAUCAUCUCGAUAAUAAUGAUUUAUUAUUAAAUCAACACUAAGAAUCAACUUUAAUCUUCUGAAAGAGAUGAACCCUCAAAUUAUGAUUGUUACCAUGGUAGCCGCUGCUUCGGUUGCUUUUUUCGGAUUCCUUGCCUAUCGGAUCAGACUUCGAUCGAACGAUCCAGAUUUAUUAAGCGUACUCCCAUUGGAAGACAAUAGCUCCCUCGACGAAGAUCUCAAAGACAUUUUGGCGUUCGUCCCUAUAAAAGAAGUACAACGAAUCAUUGAAAGAUACAUGGAAUACGACCCCCAGAUCGGAGAUACCGUGAGCUUCGUGAACGACCAGAAGAGAUUCAUAUUGCGCGAGUUCCAGAACAUGCCUGAAGCAAACAAAUUGAUCAGUUUUCUGCGACAGAAUGGUUUGGACGUGGAUUCCUGGCAAGAGAAGAUACGAUGCUUUUGGAAGACGUCUCCCAAGUUCAUCAAAUACGAUCCGAGUAUGGCAGCCGGAGGCCUCACCGUGAUGAUCAAUAAAAUCCUCGAGACCAUGCCUCUGGACGAGCUGCACGAACUGUUGCGACAAAAGGUGAAAUACUCGGCGAGCUUCCGCAGAUUUCUGUAUGCGUUGAGGUCCAAAGACUACCUGGAGUUUUGCAACGCGAUUGAGACCAACGAUGUGCUACAUCAUCACUAUUUCUGGGCGAAAGAGGGUGGACUAGAGAUCACGUUCGCGAUCGAACUAUUCAAUGAGCUAUACGCCUAUCUAACGCAGGCAUUAGUCACCUAAGAAUUGUCAUGAAUCAUUAAUAAUCAUUAUUGAGUAAUAAACAGCAGUGAAAUGCAAACAUAAUACAUUUCAGACUUUUUAUUUUUACACAUUUUAUUUUAGUAAUGUAGAAUUUAGCUUGUAUUUUACAAAAUAUCCGCAUAUAUGCACAAUUGCGACAAAAACAGAAUUUUCAAAAGAACGUUUAAAUGUUAUUCAUAUGAUUACAUCAAAUGUGAACUCGGUCAAUUAUAAGCGGAUAAAGCACGUGCCCUGUAUUUUACCACGAUAAAAAGGUAUUAUCGAAUGAGAGGGGGCAGUAGAUACACAUAGUUUGACAGCUGAAAGAUAGCGAAUAAUCGGUAAAGGGGUUCCUUCUGUUUGAUAAUAUCUCGUUAUCGUCACUCGAGUUGAUGCUUCGCAAUAGAUAAGAAAAAUGCUUGCGUACACCGCAAUACACGUACCGUCUUGUCAUUUUAUGCUAUAUUUUACGUAUCCAUAAUUACGGAUAAAGUGUUUUCAUACCUGGAAUUGCAUAUGCAUUGCUGUACUAUACUAUUUGCAAGAUUUCGGUGAUAAUGUUUCACACUUUCCUAAAAUUAUUCCUAAAUAUAUAA